AUGAAGACGGGGAAAAGAUUGAUUUGUGCGAUAGUGGUGCUGCACCUGCUGGGGUUACCAACGAAUGCUUAUAAAAGAAAUCCACUUAAAGAUCCUCGGAUAUGCGGCCGGCCUGCGUGCCCCGAAGCGAACACCAAAUUCCGGUACCACGUGGGCACUCUGUACAAGUACGAGUACUCGAUGAUCGUGAAGACGGCGCUGUCCGGAAGCGGUGACAACACAUCGGAGAUGCACGUUUCGUCUGUGGUAAUCCUGGACUUUCACGCGCCCUGUCAGGGCAUUCUGAAGCUUUCGUCAAUCGAAUUGCGCGAGCGCGCGGUACAGCCGACGGAUUCCGCCGAUCAGGAUUACGCUGAUUACAACGCGCCAGAUUUGAGCGACACGAACGAUGUACAUCCGAAGAGUGAAACGAUUGCCGACGAGCUAAUGCGAUUCGAUCUCAGGUUUGCGUACUAUGAUGGUACCAUUAGUGAAAUUUGCCACGAGGACGAUGAGCCUGUGUGGACGCUCAAUCUCAAGCGUGGCAUCCUGUCGACGCUGCAGAACACCAUGCCACGGUUCGACAUUGACUUUCCGACGGUGGAAACGGAUGUGUCAGGAAUAUGUGAUGUGACGUACAAAACGAACGGUCGCAAUGGGACGCAGUUGUUGUUUCACAAAGUGAAGGAUAUCGCUUCGUGCAAGCGACGAUACAAAACUACCUCCUUCAUCCAGACCGUUCCGUACGACUUCCGACCGAAUUACGUUGCUUGGCCGAUCUUGAAUUCUUCCAGUUAUUGUGAUAUCUCGGUAGACGAUUUUAUCUACAAGAGCGUCAUCUGUUUCGAGCGUCACCAAAUGGUACCGUUCUCCAAUGGGUUAGCCGGGGCCGUAACGGAAACGACCACUAAGCUUACGCUGUUCGACGAAGAAACGUACACACAGGACGAACCGAAGGAGGAAAUCGACAUUCAGCGACGAUCAUCUCUGUUGUACGAUCACACACCUUCGCUGAGAGAAACCCACGAUGAGAUUAAGGCAUCGCGUGACCUGUUAAAACAUCUUUGCGCUUUCGGGUUUCCCAACAUCAAACGAGACUUUCCGGACGUGUUUCUAAGCUUCCUGAGUGCCGCGCGUACACUGUCGAUGAACGCGUUGCACCAGCUGCUCUUCCGUUCCGGAAGUAUCUGCGAGAAUGGCCGUAAUCACAUUCUGGAAAGCCUACCCUACAUCGGCAGUCCGGCCUCGGUGACGCUCAUGAAGGAUCAGAUCGUGAAGCGCGAGGUGUCGUCGGCACUCGCGCGCAAAUGGAUGACUUCGUUUGCAUACUUGAAGCGACCGAACGAGGAAGUGCUCGAGUCGAUGCUGGAACUAAUCGAGCAUGGCAAAGCGAUCGGCGACAAGUCGUACUUCCUGCCGGCGACAACCGUCGUCAACACGUUCUGCCAGAUCGAGUACGAGUGCGAGGAAACGGAGAGCGUCCAAGCGAUCGUUCAGACGCUCGAGAAGGAGCUGCUGGAGGUGAUCAACGAUCUUGGAGAGGAUCGGGGAAGGCGGGACACGGUGGUUGUGCUGCUGAAGUCGCUCAGCAAUAUGGGAGUGGUGAAUAAGGAGUUCAACUACCAGCUGCGACGCGUUAUUGAAAACGAUGACUAUCCGCCGGAGGUACGAGUCGAAGCUGUCAACGCAUUCCGGCGCCACGAUUGCCAUCGCACAAAAGACUACUUCCUCAAGGUUUACUCCACGUUCGAGAUGGACGUCGAGGUGCGCAUUGCGGCGUACUUGCAGGCGAUGCGUUGUCCGGACUAUCUGUCGGUGAAGCUGAUCAAGCACGUGCUGAGGACAGAGGAAGUUAAUCAGGUCGGGUCGUUCGUGUGGUCUCACCUGAGCAACCUUGCCAAGAGUGCGUCACCGGUGCGCGUCGAGGCGCAGGGUUUGUUGGCCGAGAACGACUUGGGUAAAAAGUUCCGUCUCGAUAUUCGCAAGUUCUCACGCAACUACGAGCAAACGCUGUUCUUCGACGAGUACAACUUUGGCCUGACGGUCGACAGCAACGUGAUCUUCGGCACGACUUCAUACCUGCCACGCACGGUUCGCCUAAAUCUGACGACCGAUCUUUUCGGUGAGUCGAUCAACUUUCUCGAGCUACACCUGCGCACCGAAGGGCUGGAAGAUUCGGUUCAGGAAAUUUUUGGUCCCAAGGGAUCUCUGAGCGCAAAGAUGGUGAACGAAAAAUUAAUGAAAGCGCUGAAGGUGCUACGCGCCUAUGUCCCGGCACGCCUGUUGGAGCUCUUCGAAGACGAGCAGCAGUGGAGUGACGAGGUGGAUGGUGGUGAUCGAAGGAAACGUGAUGCAGAACGGCAGCCGAUGAUAAUCGCGCGCGAAAUUCAGGACGAAGCCGAACAGCUUGGCUACCGGUUGAAGAGCAACUUCAGUAGACCGCAGCUUACAAUUGGCGUGAAGAUUUUCGGGAACGAGAUGCUGUACCUAACGGAGGGAAUGGAGGUGUUGCAGCGCGAGAUCAAGUGGAAGCUACUGAAGGAGCUCUUCUCGGGAAAGGAAGUGGCGUACACGAAGUCGGGGGUGUUUCUGGAUACUUCCUACGAUGUGCCCUUAAGCUCCGGAUUACCACUCGGGCUGAGCAUCAUCGGUGCUUCGUCCGUCGAUCUGCGAAUGACCGGCAUGGCACGGGCGUUCGACUUUUGGCGCCGACUUGUCGAUCUGGAGGGUAAAAUCAAACCGAGUAUAACGGUCGAUAUGACGGCCACGAUGAAGUGUGACUUCAUGUACGCAGUGACUGCGAUAAAGGUGAAAUCUAACCUCUACUCCAGCUCGGCUUGGGAAGCCAAGUUGAAGGUGCGGGGUAACGAUUUGGCUGUCCUGCAGGUUAGCUUGCCACAGGAUCGCAACGAAAUACUGAGCGUUCGGUCGGAGAUAUUUGUGCUGGCGGAAGGAGGACGCGAGAUACGGCAGGCCGGUAUCGAACGGCGAUACAGUAAUUCGACUUGCACCUGGCCAUUUAUCGAUCAAGCGAUCGGAUUAAAGCUGUGCGCCAACUACAGCCUACCAGACGUGAGCAGCACUAGCGAGCUGGAGGUACCCAGUUUGAUCCUUAGUGGACCGGUUAGUUUUGACGUCAGCCUGGAGAAGGCCGACCUGACAGCGAAGGUGUUCCUGCUGAAGUACACUUGGGACGGACAGCAGAACCAAUCGAUAGGAACCGUCACUUUCGAGACGCCUUUCUCCCAGGUUCCGCGCAUUUUUCGGGCGAACGUCACAUUGGAAGCACACCGCCAGACGGCCACCAUGUCGUUCGUGAACGGGAAUAUCUCGCACAAGGCGAUCGGAAUGUACGUUAGCAAUCAGGACCAGAAACGGUUGGAGAUGUCAUUGAACGUGAACGAUCGGAAGUACCUGGCGCUGGAGAUGGGGUACAACAAGACGAUCGCACGCAAUGGUCGCAUCUACCACCCGACGUUCUAUCUGUCGGUGAACAACGAACGCAUCGCUGGAAUGGGCGGCCAAGUGCGGCAGACCGAGAAGAACAACAUCACCCAGUGGGACUACACGGUAGUGUUCGAGACGAAGCGACUGCGGGCGAAAGCGAUCGGUUACGUUUCGAUCUCGUACAACGCAACCUACAUGAUCCACAAUUCCAUGGAGUACAGGUUUUCAGCGAGUAAACUGGAAUAUUUGGUAGUCAACGCGAUGGCUGAGGCUGUCAAAAAAGAUGUGUCGACCUACAACGUCAACUUUGACCUCCGAUCGAGCGCCUAUCCUCAUUUCGAUGUGGCCAUUAAUGCGACCUAUCUUGAAGGCAGCGGCCGCUGUGAUUUCCGGCUCCUGCACAACAACGCACCGGACCUGAAGAAUGCUGCCUAUACGACGACGUUCAAAAUCAUAUUCGCGCAUGACAAUCCGUUACGCGGUAUUCACGUGAUCGACUCGCAGAGCCUGCCGCCGGCGAACGAUCUGUUCCGCGAGCGUACUAGUUUGUCGUUUGAAGUGACGCGACCACGUUCACGGACCGAUUUGAAGGCAUCCAUUGUCCACGAAAACCUGUCAAAGAAGGGAAUGGAACACAGUGUUAGGUUGUUGGUGCGCUACGCCCCGAAACAGGAGGUGAUUGGGGUAGUGUCAUUCUUCGUUCCCCGUACACAAUUUUUCUGGUUCGAUGGAGCGUUCAAUUUAACAGUUCCAGGGUUCCAUCCAUUCACGAUCAAUCUGCGGGUGAAGGAAAAGGCUCUCAAGGAACACAGUUUCGAUUUUAGAGGUGUCUGGUUUUCGGCACACGCCUUGAACAUCAGCGGAUGGUACAAGGAUCGUAGUUCGCUCGUUAAAAGCUAUCACCAUGCGAAACUGGUCGCACAGACGGGCCCAACGUUCCGGGAGGUGUUGGGAGAUUUGAAGUACAUUCACGAUGAGCACGACAAUCGGCUGGACCUCAAGGCGAUGUACGAUAAGCGUCCUUACGCGAUCAUUCUGCACCACAAACAGCAGCCCGAAAAUGGGACCAGCAGCUACGCGGAGUUGCGCUGGAACGAGGGAUCGUACUGGUUCUCGGCGUUGAUGAAGUCGGCACCUAUCAAGCAACUAGACUUAGAGUUGCACAUUGACAAAAUACGAGAUAUCAGUGUUGCUCUGCGCGGUUAUUCUACUUCGCUGAAGCGCGAAGUAGGAAUCGAGUUCAAAUGGGACGCCAACCGGGACCCCACCCAGCGGGUAGUUAUUUCCGGUGAACUUAAUAGUCCGACAGAUCGCACAUACGAUGGACUGUUUUUGCUCUCCUAUCCCAACCGUACGUUCAGUGGAACGUUCGAUUUGAAAAUGAUUGAUCCGCGCUAUCUCGCCAAUGCGCGCAUCUCGUGGAACACCACGGAGGCGAUCGAGCUUCGACUGGACGCGGGAACUGAUGAUGACAUACUGCGCAACAUGUGGCUCCUGUUCCAAUUCAACACACCGUUCCACGGCUGGCGUCAUAAUGCGCUGAACGGAGGGUUUUACUUUAAGAACAAUCUACUCCGGACCAACCUGUCCGCGCACUGGGCCGAGGAUCAGAAUCUCGGCUUAGAGCUGAUGGGCUACUACAGGUCUAACGAAACGGAUGUCAAUUGCGAGCUGGAAACGAAACUGCACAGUUCUAUCCAGCAUGUGCCGACGGUAAUGCUGCACCUGAAGCAUAAAUACGGACAGAAACGGUUCGAAACCAUCUGCACCUUCAACCACACCGUGACGGACGAGCCCCCACAGGUGUUUUCCGUUCGCUCGAACUGGCAGUACGAUACGGACAAGCGACACCGUAACGUGAGCGGCUCACUGAAGAUGAUCAGUCCGUUCGAGGGCUACCAAACGGGAGCGCUCGUGGCAAAGGUCUCGCUGAGCGAGAGUCGAGCCAUCACGGGAGCCGCCGAUCUACAGCUGGGUGAGGAAAAGUACGAAACCGUCGUCGAGGGCCACGUCCGCAACCUGGUCGACUGUAUGCUGACGGCGAAUGUGACUUCCUCGAACGUUAACUAUCGCAACAUUAAGGGGCGCUUCGGUAUUAGCGAAAAGGAUCGUCAUCUGGUGGCGGAAGUUAUAACGCCGAAGAGUGCGCUUGGCGUCGAGAUACUGUAUGCGGUGGUGUCCUCGCAAAAUUUUGACAUCAAGUUCCACCUUGCCACGCCGCUGAAGGACCUGGAGAAGGUCAUUCUGCGUGCUAAGUUGCAGCUGGAUAACAUCGACUUUCGGGUCGGAAUGAACAGUAUCGUGCUCGGGUGCACAGGUGUGUGGCGAAAGAUGCAUCUGAAGGACUUUGAGUACUCGUACCGUGUCUUUACACCGCUGCCGAAGUUUGAAGAAAGUGCACUGAUCCUGAAGCUGGUGAUCAACAGCGAGCGGCCCGAGUAUGUGGAUGUCGAGUUUUCCGGCAAGUUUUCCGACUAUCGAUUGGGCCUGAAAGCGGUUUCGAAGCCCAAACCAAAGCUUAUACGGCAGUUACUAUCGCAGACGGCGUCUUCGAUGGUGGAGGACGACCCGUGGAGCGUAGAGGCCAAAGAUGAAGACGACGAAGACUACGAGGAUGAGGAAGAAGAUGAGCAGAGCUUGCUAAACUUUAUCGGCGACAUUGAGCUGUACACGAUUGUCUUUCCGACGAUUGAGGGUACCCUAGAGCUGACGCAGUUCCGCUCGGAGUAUCGUGCCAUAGGGAAAAUCAAGCUUCCUCAGGGUUCGAUCGAUGUGCGCGAUCGCUUCUUUCUAAAGGAUCUACUAAACAUGCAGAACAGCCUGCGGUUGAAGACUCCUUUCCCGGUGGCGCAGGAAAUCACCUCGGAUUUUGUGCUCAAGUACGCAUAUAGUGCGACGGACGUUACAAUUGGCAUGAACGUCAAGUUCAAUAACCGCACCGAGUGGGUCAAGACAGGCUUUCACGUCAACUACAAGUACCAUCUGGAUGAGGCCGAAGUACACAAGCACCAGGCACUGGUGGACCUGAUGACACCGAUGAAAAACCUGCAGAAGGUGUUUCUGAACGGUUCGCUCGACCUGGAGGAUCACAGCUACAAAGGCAAUUUGACCGCCAAAACGAUGACCACCGAUGCCUCGUUAGCGGUCUCGUUUGAGAGCGAGGAUCAGUUUAUCGAUACGUUUAUGAGCGUAUGGGUACGGGCACCUCUCAUGCCGUUCUACGCCUGUCGUGUAUUUUACAAACAGGACUUUUCCAGCACAGAAAAUUCGAUGGACGUAGGAUUUGUGGUGAACGAUGGCGACCUGUACAGUAACUUCCGUUUGGAUGGUGCGUGGUCCUUCGCAAGCCCUCACUUCAUAGUCGGUGCCGGAAAGUAUCAGUCGAACUUUUUGCCCAUCAACCUGAUGAGCACCGAGUUUAUGAUAACCCGAACGCCGCUACCGAAGGCAUUGCUGCAUGUGAAGUUCCAUGACCAGAACGGAACGGUGGAGGAACUUAAGGCGAGUGCCGAACGAAACCGGGAAAUGUUUACGAUCGAGCUGAGCGUACCGAUGGAGAGCUACCGGAACCUGUCCAUUCACGGCCGGCUUCAGCAUCGCCUGGGCAGCGAAUACGCCGUAUCUGGUCAGCUGUACCGUAACGAGCACGUGUUUCAGCUGGAGGGCGAUGCGACGAUCAUUGGAGACAUUCCGUACCGGGCCGAUUUGGCUUUCCAGUCGCUUGGGCCGGAAGGUUCGGACGGUACGCUGAGCUAUCGCUGUUCGCGGCAGUUACCCGUCACUGAGUUUGCUUUGCGCCUCGAGAGUGGCGAAAAACGUGCGAAACUUGACGGUAGCUUCAAGCUUUUGGCGAUGUCCGAUUGGUACGUGAAACUAGCCUCAGACUCGUCGGAACCCAGUUUCAAACAGAUCGACUUUACGGUCGGUAUAACACCGGAGGCUGGUAAGGCGCUCGGGAAGUUCAACCUGCGCUCACCCUGGGCUCGGUACGGGAUCGAGCAGGCGGAUGUUGAAAUGGUGUUCGACGUGCAGCCUAUUUCGGGGUCGGUAGUUGCACGGUAUGGCAUCCGGGAUGUGGCCGGCAAUGCGAGCUGCCUGUGGAACUGGGCCCUGAAGUCGAAUAUGCAGUUUGCGCUGGAAAAUCGGGUGCUACGAAACGACGUCGAACGAUACUUCCGCACCGGCGUUCGAUAUUUGAGCCCGGACUUGGAGAACAGUCACAACUUCACUGUCGGCGGAGACUUAAAUCUCAAUAAUGUCUGGGUAUUCAGCUCCAACGCGUCAGUGGACUUCAUUUCGAUCCGUGAUCUAUCGGGUGUCCUGAAGGUGCUACUUCCGCGGCCUGUGGGCGACGUUCACACGCUGACGUUUGGAAUGAACGGUAAUCUACCGUUCAUGGAGCCGGUCAAGUCGUUUAACUUGGAAACUUCCUACGAAACGGAUGAAAGUCGGAAGCGGUACGCGUACCACUCGGAGUACAGCUACAUCGGUGAUUUGCGUACCCUGCUGCGGUUCGAAUGGGGACCAGACAUACGCAAGCAGAGGGUACAAUCUAUCGUGAACGUGUUCCGCAUUGGAGAGCGCCGUGAAUUGACUGCUAGGUUGAGGGGACCAUGGUAUCUGGAUGACACAUUUAUGGCCUACGGAUCGUACGAUUUCGUUGAAGCCCUCCACCUCAUCAGCGGUAACAUUUCGAUACCGUCAUCGACGAAGGUUGCCAGUGCGAAUGUGGCAUUCAACAAUCUCUCCAACAUGAAGGGCGAUGUGAACUGUACGACGCCGUUCCUGAACGUGACGUGGCUCCACGGACAGCUGGAGUUUAUUGAAACGCCACUCGAAUCCAUACGCUACCUGAAAGGUACGUGGCCUGAAUCGAGCGCGGUGUUCGAUGCGAAAGCAACCUACCGCAACCACAAUUCGGACCGCGACCAGCAGGGCACCAUCAAGAUAGAGCUGCCCCUGCAAACGCGUCACUAUGCCGAAGUAAAAUACGGGUUGGCGCAGCGUCCCGCGAUAACUACGGGGCACGCCGAGGUGGAUUACAACAGCCAGAAGGUGCUUAGUGGACAGUACACAUCGAAAGAGGAGUCAAGAGCCGGCUUUGAUAAGGAAACAAUCGACGUCACCUUGGAGAACAGCUUCAUGCCCGUCGGAGUGCACUACGUGCAUUCGCACAGUUUACUAGAUGCCGAUACUCGAGCGCUGGAUAUAAAGCGAGCUGAAGUUUUUCAACUUCGGAAUCAAAAGAACUUCAAUAUUACCGGUGAACUGCACGUCCUGAGUAAAGAGACGGGGCGCGAGUACCUGGUGAAGGCCAUUCAUCCCAACCGUACCGUUGUGCUCACGGCGGACUUUGAGCAGCAAGGCAACGUUGACCGAAAGAAGUCUCGGCUGGAGCUGUCGCCCAGCGUUUGGAUUGCGUACGAUUUUCAACUGACCAAUCGCUCGCGCUCCGAUCUCGAGUCACAAAACUUUACGCUACAGAUUUCCUAUCCGAAGCGUAACAUUUCCGCCGACGGUUGGUACGCAUACACCGAGAGUUCGUUCGAUUCGGCCGUUACACUAGCGUACAGUCCGAACCGCACCCAGGGUAGUGAGGGGGACACUAGUGAAACACCAAACCGUACGGUGCGGGGUUCGGUCGUGUGGCGCGACCUAGCGAACGUGACUACCGGUGGGCAGAAGAUUCGUGUUGCACUUGGUCAUCCCAGCUUCGAGAAAGACGUAACACUGGAUGCACGAUAUUUUACGAACCCGGAACAUUGGUUCAGCUCGAACAUGGAGCUACGCUACAACGAGGACGACGAGCAUCUGAUGGCGAUGGGAUUCAAUUUGAACGACCUUCGGCCGAUCGUGGGCUACUGGAACUACUCGUAUCAGUUGUUUAGCGUUCAUGAAGCGUCCGAUUUGUCGCUGGAUUCGAUCGGAUCGAUCGGCAUACGGCAGGGAUUGUACGGUGUUAGGUCAAACUCGCACUAUAAGCGUGCGUAUCUGUCGCAAAUGCACGGUCACGUGUUGGGAGCACUGAAUAUCCCACAAAAAGAACUUCACUAUGAGCGCAUCACCUCGCAAAGCAAGUACCGUAUCUGGACGAAGGCCGCUGGAACCUACCCGGUGUACCUGAUCAACGCCACGCUACUCGAUGGGGCGGAGCUCGAUGCUACCGGGUUCUUCUAUUUGAACAUUGACGACAAAUUGGUUCAGAUGAAGAUCAACAUGACACCGGAUGGUACGGAGAACGUGCACAUGUAUGGUAUCAUCCCCGAUUCGCGUAGUGCGUUCUUUGACUUUUGGCGUGACUAUGAUCGGUCGCGCGAGGUGGACGUUACGUACUAUCUCAAGAUGAACCACUCUCGGUUGAUUACCGGACACAUGCUGUGGCGCCCGCAGAUAAAAUCCGACCUGCAAGAGUGGAUCCGAGACUACUUUAGCCGAGUUCACCAUUCGUUCCUGGAGUUUACCGAGUUCUGGAUCAAACACGUGUACCUCGAAACGAAAGACUCGACAAUGGGCGUAUACGAAGCGGCCCUUCCAUACGUGGAAGGGUUGCUCAACGAUGUGGCCGGGCUUAGUGUACUGCAGAACGACUUAGAAGACCUGCACCACUUCCUGAACGCGUCCUACGUGGCCGACGACUUUUACAUUCGCUCCGCCAUCAACUUCACCGUCACCGUGCUGGACGAGCUAGCGAUACGGAACAAGAUAACGUCGUUGCCGAAGAUUUUAACCGAACUGUGGCUGGUGAUGGGUGAAUCCGGUCAGGCGUUGGGCAAAUCGCUUACGUGGCUGUUGGAACGUAUGAAGCAGUCGUAUCAAAAGUUUAUCGACAUCGUUGGGCGCAUCUUCCAGGGGGAUGCGAUGCGCUACCUUUCGUCUACGCUCGAAGAUUCCCUCGAGCGGUACGAUAAGUUUGUCAAGGAAGUUCAUCUGCAGUUCAUAAAGAACAUCCAAGAGUUGUGGGAAAAGUGCAUGUCGAUGGCAUCCACCUUUUGGCAUCGGAUGCUGCAAAACAUUGAGCCCACGAUCAUUCGCCUGGCCCAUUACGGAGAAUCACUCGGUUGGUUCGUGGGAAACGAAAUCUUCACGUUCUUGUACAACAAAACACAGGAAAUUGCCGAUUCACCGUACUUUAACACAGUAACGAACUUCACACAGGAUCUCGACAUGCUGUACAAGGAUCUGGUGACGAGUGAUGUGUUUACGAAUGUGAAAAAGUACUCCUCGGUGACGUACCGGUUUUUGCGUGAGAAGUACUUCCAGGUGGUACCGUUUGGUCGUGAGUUCCACCAGGUGGUGAUGGAGCUGGUGGAGGAGAUCAAGCAACUGCAGAAGAUUGAGUUCGUGCAGUUCUUCAUCCAGCGCUACGAGGAGGUAUGGGCAAAGGUCGACUGGCUUGCGGAGGAGUUUCAGGUCGAGCGGCGAUUACACCAGAUGUGGAUGAUACUGCGCAACAAACUGUCACACAUUGCCCAGACGGCACUGCAGGCGGAAAAUCAUUACCGUGAGGCAAAAACCAAGUUCAUCUUCGACCCGGACCACGGAAUCAUGGAGCUGGAGCAGAAGCUGCCGAUGUCGUGGCACGCGUUCAACGAAACACCCAAGUUCGAGGAAAUACCCGAGUUUCAGUUCAUCGGAGACAUUCAGGAUCUGUUUUCUGGUAGCAACACGACGAUCUGGACACUGUACAACGACAUUUGUCCGUUUGCCGAUCCGCAGAUGUGGUUGCCGCCGUUCAAGAGCGUAGGCCUGCUGAUCGGUUCGCGGCACUUUAUGUCUUUCGACAAGCGUUUCGUGUCGAUGGACUUGCGCGAAAUGCAGCAAGGUGGCAUUUUGAACGAGUGUCGGUACGUGUUGGCGCAUGACUACCAUAAUCGCACGUUGACGGUGCUGUUGGAGCCAUCGGUUCUCAAAGACGGACAAAGCUCGCGCAAGGUAACCCUUAUCACCGAUGAUCAUACGCUGGAGAUCGACAUCUACGAUGUGUCGGUAAAGAUCAAUCGCAAAGAAGCCACUGCUCUGCCGGCCAUGAUCGGAACGGAAACGGUUGUUUAUCGCGAAUCGGACUUACUGUACGUUCAGUCGUACCGUGGCUUCCUUCUGGCGUGCAGCUUACGCUACCAUCUUUGCUGGCUAGAGCUGAGCGGUUGGUACUUCGGCAAGAUGGCGGGUCUGCUGGGUACGAUGAACAACGAAGCGUUUGACGAUCGCACCACGCCCUCCAAUCGGUACAGUCGGACGGACGAAGAGUUCCUUAAUAGCUGGUCGUUGCCGGGUUGCCGUUCGUCGGUCGGUGCGACGAACCAUACGAGAAACUUUCACAGUGCUUCGAACGAGCUGACGCAGCUGUGUGACUCAUUUUUCCGCCAUAAGCUGUCGUACUUUGCAUCGUGUUUCCCGGUGGUGGACGUAACACCAUUCCACGAGAUGUGUCUCGAUUUGGGUCACAAUCUUUUGACCAAGAAUGAGAAGAAAACGGCGGAUCGUGGCGCCUGUACGGCGGCGCUUGCCUACAUUCAAGCGUGUGCCAUCGAGGAUACGCUUCUGCGGGUACCGGACAGCUGCAUCAGCUGUCAGCUCGUAAACGGAUCAUACGUCCCAGAGGGUACGUUCGUGAACCUGCGUGACGAGGAUGUACCGGCCGCUGCGGAUGUCGUGUUCAUUGUCGAGGCGAAACCCUGCAACGAGCGGUUCGUACAAACGAAGAGCAUCAAUAUGUUGGUGGAAAGCAUCCACCGUGAGCUGCAGGAACUGAACAUUCCCGAUACUCGCUACGCAGUGGUCGCCUUCGGUGGUACUGCACCGUUCGACCGAGCGCACAGCGUCGUCGUAGAGAACGCCGUGUUCGAAAAGCACCACCGGUUGCAGCCGUUCUUCGAGCACAUUUCGGUCGGCAACGGUACAAACGAGGAUAUCUUCGAUGCCAUCAUUCUCGCUUCCAAGCUCGUGUACCGGCCGGGAGCGUCGAAAACGUUCAUCCUGUUACCCUGCUCGCGCUGUACGACGUCUCGGAUGAAGUUGGACUUUUCGUCAGUCGUACAGCUGUUGAUCGAGAACGACAUCAAGCUGCACAUUCUGGCCGAUCACGAACUAUCGUUCAACAAGACGCGCGUCUCCCGCCUCUUCUACGGUAUGGACAGUCGCGUGGCGUACACCAAGAAGGACGUCAAGGCACUGGUUGGCGACGAAGAGCUGCGCAAACAAAUACGCCUUCCGAAGGCGACGCUCGGGGAGUGCAUUGCGCUGGCGAUGGAAACGAACGGCUCCGUGUUUGGUGGCCACAAGCUGCGCCAGGAUCGGGCCAACACCAACAACACGAAAAAGUUCAUCAAGGUAUUUGCGAAGCGGAUCGCCGCCACGGCCAUCCCGGACAGCUGCCAGACGUGUGAGUGUACGGGCCACAAUACGGGCGUUGCGUAUAUGCAGUGUCUGCUAUGCAACUAUCCCUCGCCGUACACACUCGACGACGACGACAUGACGGACGAGAAGUUCCUGUCGGUCAUGCAACCGGAAAACGAUUGGACGUGGGACGAUGCCGAUGAGCUGCUAAAUCAAUAGGGCAGGGCGUUACUACAAGAAGCACUGCACUUUGGUUCGUAACCGCUGAAAUAACUUUAACUUAUGUAAGAGGUGAGCUGUUUAAGCAAUUGCUUCUGAGACUGGUCGGUUCAGGUGUUCAGGCCAACUUAUCGAAUA